AUGACCAUUCCCAUAUCUAAAUUCGCAUUUUGGGUUUAUCGAAACUACCUUCUUAUCAUCCUCAACCCCACCCAAAAGAAGCGAAACCUUCCUGGAAGACCAGAUCCAGAUGCUGAGGUGAUUGCUUUGUCGCCAAAAACACUGUUGGCAACGAAUCGUUUCGUGUGUGAGAUCUGCAAUAAAGGGUUCCAACGUGAUCAGAAUCUGCAACUUCAUCGGCGAGGGCACAACUUGCCAUGGAAGCUUCGGCAAGGAAAGGGGAAGGAAGCACGGAAGAAAGUGUAUGUGUGCCCUGAGCCUUCUUGCGUUCACAACAAGCCUUGCAGGGCGCUCGGUGACCUCACCGGUAUAAAGAAGCACUUUUGCAGAAAGCACGGUGAGAAGAAGUGGUCUUGCCAACGUUGCGCCAAGAAAUACGCUGUUCAAUCCGAUUGGAAGGCUCAUAUGAAGACCUGUGGAAUCAGAGAGUAUAGAUGUCACUGUGGCAACUUUUUCUCUAGGAGGGACAAAUUCAUCAUGCACAAAGCAUUUUGCGAUGCCUUAGCGAAUGAGGGUGCCCUACCCACUAUUGGUGGUGGUGAUGAGUCGGAGGAGAGGAAUUCUAAUAGUAAGAGGAAUGUUCCUUUGGCUUCUUCGCCGCCACUUACUCCGUCAAUGUCUUUGGUGUCUGCAGCCAUGUCCGUUCAGAGCUCAGGAAUUUUGGAAAAUCCAAUGAACAAGGGUGCAACGGGCACCUCUUCCACUUCAACCAGUAUCAGAGUUUUUGCAAGCAUAUUUGCAUCCUCAACACUGUGUUGCUCCAAAUCAUCAUCAAUAACAUUCUCCAAUCACAUGACAGCCUCAUCAACGGCUACACCUAUCCCAACAUGCCUUUCUCUCUCCAAGAGUGAAUCUUCCCACUACACUUCAUCUUCACAAGCACCUGCGUUGUCUGCUACUGCGUUGCUCCAAAAAGCAGCUCAAAUGGGUGCUGCAGCAUCAAAUGCAUCGUUGCGGCUUCAGAGUUUAGGCUUAGCAACAACAUCAUCUUCCUCUCCUGAAGAUGAGACUAUUAGUGCAAUGUUACAUUGGAAUAUUAAACAUGCAAAGCAACAUGCAAAGCAAGAUAAUAAUCAUUCGGUGCCAAAUUUAAUGGUUGACUCUCAGACUCAACCAUUGACUCGUGAUCUUCUUGGUCUAAGCGUCGGUGGCAACGCUAGUCUUUCUGCUUUGUUCCCUUCUUUUGGAGAGAGCUUCGAUGCAUCAGCAAAGCACUGCUGA